GAAAGGCAGGAUAAGAUAACAACAACAUAACAUGAAUCAUCCUCAUCCACAUGUUCUAGCCAUUCCUUAUCCAGCGCAAGGUCAUGUUCUUCCCUUAAUGGAACUGGCCAUGUGCUUAGUCAGGCAGGGUAUUAGAGUAACAUUUGUGAACUCCGAAUUCGAUCACAAGAGAGUUACCAAAUCAUUAUCACAGGAGGACAAUGUACCAGCUAUGAUGCAACUGGUGUCAAUCCCAGAUGGAUUGGAAUCAUGGGAGGACAGAAAUGACCUGAGCAAAUUGACGCUAUCAGUUUACCAGGUCAUGCCUGCGAAUCUAGAGUGUCUAAUAAAGAGCAUAACUCAAUCUGACAGUGAUAAAAUCACAUGCAUUAUUGCGGAUGAGACCAUGGGAUGGGCACUAGAGAUUGCAAAGAAAAUGAGAAUCAAGGCGGUAGCCUUCUGGCCAGCGUCAGCUUCACUAUUGGCACAGAUAUUCAGCAUCCCAAAGCUCAUAGAUGAUGGAAUCAUAAGUAGCACUGGUACCGUGUUGAAGAACCAGAUGGUAAAGUUGUCACCUACCAUGCCAGAUAUGAAGCCUGAACAUCUUCUUUGGACCUGCUUUAGUGAUCUUACAUUACAAAAUAUUGCUUUUGAUACCUUGUUAAAAUCUAACACAACAGUCAAACUGGCAGAUUGGUUGAUUUGCAAUACAAGUUGUGAAUUAGAGGCGGCAGCCUUCACUUUAUUUCCUCAAAUACUACCUGUAGGCCCUCUUUUGGCAAGUAAUCGACUUGGAAAAUCAGUUGGCUCCUUCUGGCCUGAAGAUUCAGACUGCUUGGCAUGGCUUGAUAAGCAGCCAAUGCAAUCUGUCAUCUAUGUUGCAUUUGGGAGCUUCACAGUUUUUGAUCCGACACAAUUCAGGGAGCUGGCACUUGGGCUUGAGCUCAUCAAUAGGCCAUUCUUGUGGGUUGUGAGGCAAGAUUUAACUACCGAGACAGACAAUGCAUAUCCAGAAGGCUUCAAAGAUCGAAUACAAGGCUGUGGGCUACUAGCAGGCUGGGCACCUCAGCAACAGGUCUUGAGCCAUCCUUCGGUGGCUUGCUUCCUCAGCCAUUGUGGUUGGAACUCUACGAUCGAAGGUUUGAGCAGUGGUGUUCCUUUCCUCUGUUGGCCUUACUUUGCAGAUCAGUUCCUUAAUGAGAAAUACAUAUGUGAUGUUUGGAAGAUCGGUUUAGGAUUUGAACGAGAUGCAAAUGGAAUCAUUGCACGAGAAGAAAUAAAGAAUAAAAUUGAGCAGCUUCUCACUGUUGGAGAAUACAAAAAAAGGGCCUUAAAAUUAAAAACCAAGGUUAUCAACAGUGUUACCAAAGAUGGGAGCUCUGGCAAGAAUUUCAACAAUUUGGUCCAAUGGAUUAAGGCUGAGAAAAAUUAUUCCUGCUCUGGAUAGGCUAGACUGCCACAUGUGAAAGUGAAUCAGGAGACUGAUGUUGAAAUGAGAACCCAAAAGGAUAUCACUGUGAGUUGUUCGCUUCAAAUUCUACCACCAGCCCCACUCCCUCCGACCAAAAGGGAAAAAAAAUUCCGAAGAAGAUCAAUUUGAUUGUAUUAAUAAUUAAUGAUCUCUCAUGUUGUAUUCCUACCUCUUCGAGUUUCAAUCUCUAAAGCUACUGAAAAAAUCAUGAUAAUCCUUUUAAAAAUGCAAUAUGACAUCUCAUGCA